AUGACCGCCCUCAAAAUUCGCGCCCUGGCCGCCGUGCUCGAGCAAGCCCAAACCGCAGCCCACCUCAUCCCCCGCCAGACGAGGACGCAAAUCGAUUCGUACCAAAGGCAAAACGAAGAAAGCUUCAAAGGCUUUAGCACCGGCAUCAUCGUCGCCAUGGUCUUGUCCAUCGUCAUCUUCUUUGGCAUCAUGAUCGCCCUCAUCGUCUUUACCAUCAAGCGUCGGAACCGUCGCCUGGCCUCCUACACCGUCACGAGCAGCUACGUCUACGGCAAUAACGGCGCGACCACCACCACCGGUCCCGGGUACAAUGGGCCAUAUACUUCCAUUCCGAACCCCACUCCCGUUGCGCCACCGGCCUAUUCGAAUAACAUGUAUGCGCCGCGUGGCGGUGCGGACCCGGCGCAAGGGCAACAGGAGCAGCAGCAUAAGGGGACCAGGGCCGGGGCGGAUCCUGCUGUGGGUAUGGAGCCAUUUCGUCCUACCGGGCAGGUUCCGAUGUAA